GGGGAUCCUUUCCCGUGCUGGGGGGGGGGGGGGUCCCCCGGUGCACCCCGGCAGCAGCGGCGCUGCCCUCCUCGCUUCCCUCUUUUUAAUUUCCAGACGUUGAAUUCUUCUGCAAACAUUCAUGCCUUAGGAAGGGCUGGAACAAAGCUCAGCUGCUCCAACCGGUCCGACAGCGGCUCUGCCCCGGUGCGUGCGGUCCCGCUCCCCGCGGACGGGCGGGCGGUGGGAGCCGCUCCGCUCCGUUCCGCUCCGAGCCGACCCCCCCCCCUGCCCUCGCCAUGCCCAGAGCCUUCCUGGUGAAGCGCCGGAGCCCGCAGCCGGCGGUGCGCAGUUGGGAUGGGCUGCCCGACGAGGAGAGAGCCGACACCUACAUCCCAGGCGGGAUCGGCUGCGUGCUGCUGGGCUACGAGGACAGCUGCAGCCUGGAGAGCAGCGGGAGCAGCGGCACCCGGGACGCGGAGCCCAGCGAUCCCCCGACGCCACAGCCCGUCCCCGGCGACCUGGGCACGGCCGGGGGGAUGCUGCUGGACCUGGCCGUCAAGCGCCCCGUGGCCAGGUCGAAAAUCAAGUUCACCACCGGCACCUGUAACGAUGCUAUGGUGCAUAGCUGCGAGCUGUGUGGCAAAGGCUUUCGCCUGCAGCGGAUGCUCAACCGUCACAUCAAGUGUCACAGCCAGGUGAAGAGGCACUUGUGCACCUUCUGUGGGAAAGGCUUCAACGACACCUUCGAUCUGAAAAGACAUGUCCGGACCCACACUGGGAUUCGUCCUUACAAGUGUGAGGUUUGCAACAAAGCCUUCACCCAGCGCUGCUCCCUGGAGUCCCACCUGAAGAAGAUCCACGGCGUGCAGCAGCAAUAUGCCUACAAACAGAGGCGAGAUAAACUUUAUGUGUGUGAAGACUGCGGCUACACGGGCCCCACGCAGGAGGACCUGUACCUGCACGUUAGCAACGUGCAUCCUGGAAGCGCCUUCCUGAAAAAGACCUCAAAAAAACUGGCGGCCGUGUUGCAAAACAAACUGAGCCCCGUCUUGCAGAGGAACUCCAAAGAUGAUGACAAAGAUGAGUAACACAAUGGAUUACAGUGGUCUAAAGGAAUGAAGUUUACAUGUAGGACUUUAUAUAUAUAUUAUUUUUUUAAAGCAAUUUGGAAAGGAACCCCUGAGAUGAAAGGGAUGCUUUUGCUAACGGGGCUCUCUUGAUGUUGGUAGAACCUCAACUUGAAAGAAAUACUCUCCUAUACAAUGCGAGCAUCGGACGUUUUUAUCUGGCCAAAGGAAAUGGAAAGCUUGGAAGAGGUUGUCACCUCUUGGAUGGAGUAUUUUCUGAACUGAACCAGGCAACCUGUCUUCUGUUUCGACUCUACCACACAUCCAAGAGGCCACUGACAAAUAAUUUGCCUUUACCCAGUGUAUUUUGUAAAGAUAAUAACCAUUACCUCCUGUGCAAAUGACUUCUGAGUUUUGAGUGAAAAGUGCCGUGUAAGUGCAGCUACUCAUGCAUUGUUCUAUGCAAAGUUAAUUAAAAUGGUCUUAAGGAGUGCA